UUAAUCUUGCUUACAAUAAAUUAAAAAUGUAAUAUUAUUUUUUUAGGUUUUGAUGAAAUCUUGUUGCGCAAAUUUCAAACUCUUCUUGGAGUUUUGUCGUCUCAAAAAAAAAUCGACGUUAAUGCCUUUAAAGAUUACUGCAAACUAACGGCAAUGCGAUACGUAGAAUUGUAUCCUUGGUAUUACAUGCCUCCUUCGAUACAUACCAUAUUGAUACAUGGUCAUUUAAUUGUACAAGCAGUAGUUCUUCUUAUUGGCAUGUUUUCCGAAGAGGCUCAGGAAUGCAAAAACAAAGACAUUAAACGUUAUCGAGAGAACCAUAGUAGAAAAACAUCAAGAACGGAAACGAACAUGGAUACAUUUAAAAGACUGUUAUUGAGUUCCGAUCCGCUGAUUUCGCUAAGUCGAAAACUACCAAAAAAAAAUCAUCAAAAAUUAUCUGCUGAAGUGAAAAGUUUAUUGGUGUACGAUAGCGAAGAUGAGGAAUCAGAGAAUGAAUCAUGUUAAAAAUGUAUAUAUUGGUUAUCUAUUAAAUGUUAUAAAAAAAUGAUCUAAAUCUUUUGUAAAAUCAACAAAUUCCCUAAAAUUUAAUGAUCACUGCAUAAAAUUAAUUUAAUUGAUUCGUGAUAACAAAAAUUAUAAUAAAUACUGCAUACUGAAACAAA